CCGGAAGCGGGUAUCUCAAAACAAAUUCCAAUCCCAAAUCGUUUCCAUAGUUUCUUUGAAGUUUUUGAAUACUACUAAAUAAUUUGAGCUAAAUUGGCGUUUAAUUGCCUAUCAUACUUUCUGCUUGAGACUGUAUGAAUACAUGAAAAUGUUUAUAAUUUAAAACAAGACACGCUCAUUGCUGUAAAGUGCAAAAAGAUUUUUUAACAAUUAGAAACUAAUUUGUUAAAUAUGGAGGAUAUAUUCUCUAAACAAGUUCCACUACUCUUUAAGGCUUCUGACAAAGAAGAAAGAAAAGUGUUUGUGCAACUACAGAUGAGGUUGCAAAGCAAUAAACAUGAUUCCAAGAGGGAACUGCUUGUAAAACUCACAGAUGAUCAAGACUUGUACUUCUUGUAUACUCUGCGUCUAGCUGAGGAAGAUUUUCAGAGUUUAAAGAUGCAGCAAGGAUUGCUAGUUGACUUUGUCUCCUUCCCACAAAAAUUGGUUGACUUACUUGAGAUGUGCAUCAAGGAAAAUCACAAGGAAAACCCUAAAUUCGUUAUUCAUUUUAUAAGUGGUGGAAGCUCAUUGCUAGGCGGGGAUGCACCAUGUGUGAUGAACAUUGUGGAGACCAACCCGUUCAGACAUCUGAAUCAUCUGUCCCUCAAAUUUCUACCAGGCUCUGAUGCAGACAUAAAGUCACAUCUUGCUAGCUGCAUAAAGCAAUUAAAGGAAUCAUACAGUUUGAUUCAACAUAAAUUUGAACACACCUCUAGAGACUUAAGUGAAAAACUAGAGACAACACAAGAGCUUUUGGGAUCUAAAUCUAAAGAGUUGGAAUUACUGAAGCUUGAGUGGUCCUCCCGUAUAACUGACGUUACGUCAAAACAUAAGGAAGAAAUGGCUUUGGAAAAAGAGAAAACCCUUCAGUUCCAAACAAACCUGCAAAUUCAGUUUGACAAGGAGCGGAGGGAGCUAGAACAAGGCAACUCAAAGCAUGUUAGGCAGAUGGAAUCUCGACUCGAGGAGCUAGAGGCUUUAAAUAAAGAUCUGACAGACAAGAAAUAUAAAUCAGAAUCUGCCAUUAGAGAGUACAAGUCCAGGCUCUCAUCGCUGGAGGAAGAGUAUGGUCGCAUGAAGACAGAGCUGCUUUCCCUGAGGAAAGACAAUACCUCGCUAGACAGUGCCCGCCUAGAGAAGGACAAGUACAACAACCAGCUGCAGACAAGGGUGGCUGUGUUGGAACAAGAACUGAAAGAUAAGGCAGAACUCUUGGAGAGGUUAAAUGAUUUGCUCACUUCUGAGAAAGACAAAAAGAAACAUCUAGAGAAUGAGCUAGAGAGUAGACUGAAGGAAAACACAAAACUGGAGUCUAAAGUCAAAGCUAUGGGGGAUGAGUUGAAGAAAGGCAAUGAAAUCAUCAAAAAAUUACAAGGGGAGAUCAAGGCUUAUCAUGCUAAGGUUAAGCUGCGUACGCAAAUAGCUACAGAGCAGGAAAAAUUGUUGGGAGAGAAAGAUAGUGAGCUUGAAAAACUUCGUCAAGAGCUGGCUACAACCAAAGAUAAACUGAGAAUUACAGAGGACAAGAAUCAGAAGUUGAGCUCAGACAUGGAUGAGGCAAAACAAAAACUGAUAGAGAGCAAGCAAUCAUUAGAAACUAGUGACACAAUGAUCAAGUGGCUGAACAAGCAGCUGAAUGAACAAAGGAUAAAUCAAAAUAUUUUGGGGCAUUUUGAACUCGCUGCUUCCACACAUUCAAGGCCACCAAUGGCCAUUCACAACUACAGCACCUCAAGCCAUGGCUCAGCUAUGACUCAAGACAGUUUACGACAGGUGCAGCGGCCUGUUACUUCAGCACCCCCCACCAGCAGACAACCACAGGUUGAAUACCAGGCUGGCCAGGUGAAUGUAAAAAGCCAAAUCCCCAUCAGUUCAGUGGCCAGAAAAAAUCAGACCAAUGGCUCACCAACACAGAAAGAAAAUUUGAUUAGUCCUGAAGUGGAUAACAAAGAGAAGAACCCCCCACUGGAUCCAAAGUUUUUGAUGAAAAGAGAUGAGGCCAUCCCUGUUCGUGGCAUCCUCAACCAAAAUGGCACCUCUAGGAGUCCUGUUGGCAUGCCCUCUAUUCCAUUUUCAUCAUCCACUGUCAUCCAGUCACAAAACUCUGCUCCAUCUGCAGCAGCGCCGGGUCAGCCUACCCCAUCUUCAGGGGCGCCGUACAUGAAUGGUGGCAGACAUGCAGAUGGCGGCGCCCUGAGACUCAGUCAACAGCUCAUUGUUCCAAAAUCACAACCCCCUUUAGCAUCUGCUUACUUCCCUGCUCAGUCGUAACCUUUCUUUCGUAUUGAUUUGUCAACGGAGUAACCUCCCCUUUAUUUCUUAUUGAUUUAUCAACCACUGGGUCACACCCACAUCUACUGUGAAGAUUAUGGAAAAACCCGAUUUGUCCCAAGCUGGGUCACCCUGUUCUGAAAAAACCAGGUGAGGUAUUUUAACGCAGCAUCAGAGUACGGCUGUGUCAUGGCUAGGAAAUGUCAACUGCAGAUCAUCGCUGGCCCUGAUUUAAAAAAAAAAUAUGUCCUGGUCCACGUUGCAGGUAAAUUGACAAACCUGGACGAAUGUUUUUUUUUUUUUUACCUUCAGCCUUGUGUGUAGAGGGAUAUUCUCUCUGUGCCUGAACUUGCAACACGGCCUUGUCCGUUGUUUGCGUCCUGACAACAUGCGUAUUGACAAAACCUGCCACGUUUGGAAAUGUCUGGACCAAAAGCUGUGUACGCUGGAAAUAACAUAUACGGACGCCCAUUCUUCGAGGCGUCCCCACAGAACUUGGGACCGGGGGAAAAUUUAGCAUUGAGCUCGUGCCAUAGUUAUUUCAAGGUUGUAUCAGACAGCAGGUCUGGCGAGAUUAGCAUCCAGUGGCCUUGAGGCUGGUUGUUUUGCUGCCCAGCCUGUGAAGGACACCACUUUUUGGGACACAUUUGCUUUAUUUUUAUGUCUUGUUUUGUUGUUAGUCUGUUAGUGUUCUGGUCGUAUUUGUAAUGUUGAUUUUUUUUUUUAACUUUGUUUAUAGAUUUUUUAACACUACUUAGAUGUAAGAAGUUAUAUAAAUCUAUAUUAAUGUGU